GGAAAAGACCAAAAGGGAGAAAACUCAGAAAAGCAUUCUUGUCAUUUAAAAAAUUCCAAUUGACGAAAGGGGCCAGACUUUAUAUAUAUAUACAUCACACACACACACCCAUUCACUUAUGCACUAACAAAUAGUCACUCUCUUUUGUUCUCUCGUUCCUCUCAUAUUCCCAACCCCUUUUGUUUUGCUUAGAGUUAGAGAACUGCACAUCACACCCAAAUGGAAGAGACCAAAUCCAAGUUCAAGAGGAUUUGUGUGUACUGUGGAAGCAGUUCUGGUAACAAAGCCAGUUACCAAGAAGCUGCUGUGGAACUUGGCAAGGAGAUGGUUGAGAGAAGAAUUGAUUUGGUCUAUGGAGGUGGUAGCGUGGGCUUGAUGGGUCUAGUUUCUCAGGCAGUUCAUGAUGGUGGGCGCCAUGUUCUGGGCGUUAUCCCAAAAAGCCUCAUGCCAAGAGAGAUAACUGGUGAUCCUAUUGGGGAAGUGAGAGCAGUAUCCGAUAUGCAUCAAAGAAAAGCUGAGAUGGCUCGUCAAGCUGAUGCAUUCAUUGCCCUUCCUGGGGGAUAUGGAACACUCGAAGAACUGCUUGAAAUCAUUACAUGGGCUCAGCUUGGGAUCCACAGCAAACCGGUGGGCCUAUUGAAUGUGGAAGGAUUUUACAAUUCCUUGUUGUCUUUCAUUGACAAGGCCGUUGAUGAAGGCUUUAUUUCACCAAAAGCACGUCGCAUUAUCGUGUCAGCACCCACAGCCAAAGAUUUGGUUAGAGAGCUAGAGGAACAUGUACCUGAGAGAGAUGAAGUUGUAUCCAAGUUGGUGUGGGAAGACAGGCUAAAUUAUGUGGUGCCUGAAUCAGAAGUUGCCAUGUGACCGAUCUAUGCGCUUAGUGGGUGAUUGAUGAAUGAACACCAUAGUUUUGGGGUCUUCUAUGGAUCAUUUUGUUGUUUUAAAUGUAUUUUGGGUACAUAAAAAUAGUCAAUAUAUAUGGGCAUAGGAAUCGUAGGACCAUACACCAUCCCUUUUUUUUGUUUUUCCAAUUUAUGUUGAUGCCCCUACUAUACAGGGAAUGAGGGUAGUUUAAAAAAUAUGGAAAAUC